AGGAGAGGCACCAUAGCAUUCUCUCCCCAUAUAUACCCCCACACCCUCUUAACCUUGUGCUCAGUUCUCAACAAAAAAACAAAGCACUGUCUCUCUCUUCUUUCCUAGCAUUUGCAAAUCCAUUUUUAUUUUUGUUCUUCAAGCUAAUAUAUCUGUUUCUAUAGCUAGUUAGGCAUGGCAAAGGAAGGAGAGCAAGGCUCAUUUCAUGCCAAGGACUAUGUCGACCCUCCACCAGCACCUCUGAUUGAUGCAGCAGAGCUUAAGAAAUGGUCAUUUUACAGGGCUUUGAUAGCUGAGUUCAUUGCAACUCUGCUCUUCCUUUACAUCACAGUCUUGACUGCGAUUGGCUACAAUAGCCAAGUUAACACCUCCUCUGAUGCCUGUGCUGGUGUUGGUAUUCUUGGUAUUGCUUGGGCCUUUGGUGGCAUGAUAUUCAUUCUUGUUUACUGCACUGCUGGUAUUUCUGGGGGUCACAUUAACCCAGCGGUGACAUUUGGACUGCUCGUGGCUCGUAAGGUAUCAUUGAUUCGAGCCGUUUCUUACAUGGUGGCUCAGUGCUUGGGAGCCAUCUGUGGGGUUGGGCUGGUUAAGGCUUUGCAGAAAUCAUACUACAACAGGUAUGGAGGUGGAGCCAACGUAGUUGCAGAUGGGUACAGCACUGGAACUGGUUUGGGCGCAGAGAUUAUUGGAACCUUUGUUUUGGUUUACACUGUUUUUUCUGCUACUGAUCCUAAGAGGAAUGCUAGAGACUCCCAUGUCCCAGUCUUGGCUCCACUUCCGAUUGGGUUUGCUGUUUUCAUGGUUCACUUGGCUACCAUCCCAAUCACUGGCACUGGCAUCAACCCUGCUAGGAGUUUUGGAGCUGCUGUUAUUUACGACAAGAAGGCGGCUUGGGAUGAUCAUUGGAUUUUUUGGGUUGGUCCCAUGGUUGGAGCACUUAUUGCAGCUUUUUACCACCAAUUCAUCUUGAGAGCAGGAGCUGUUAAGGCUCUUGGGUCAUUUAGGAGCCAAACCCAUGUUUGAUGAUCUUGACAAGUCUAAUUUGCCUUCCUUUAUGAUUCGUGUAUGGUCAUUGUCCCCCAACGCCCUUUUUUUGAUCAACUUCCGUUUGUGGAAGUUGAUAAAAAUUAUAGGAACUGAGGGUCAUGAAAUAUGUAGAUAAAGUACCGUUUGAGAAGUGGGGAGGCUUUUGCUUUCCUUAGAGUUUACUUCAGCUCUUAUUUUGUAUUGAUUUAUGCUUCAAAAAAAGCAAUGGAAAUUGUUAUCUUUAGUUUA